AUGGCUUUAUAUCAACAAUAUUCUGGUUUUAAAAAAAGUUUUGAACAAUCAACAGAAGAUGAAAAAAGAUAUAAAAAAUAUAUCAUCAUGCUAAAUGAAAUGGCAAAUGAUGGGUUAAUAGUUGGAGAAGUUCUAGAUACCGUUGUUAAAAAAUAUAAUGGAUUUGUUAAUGAUAAAGUUUCUUUUGAAAGUUAUAUUAAAGCUUUUGAAUUUAGAGAAUAUGCAUUAUGUGUAUUAUUUAACUCAUCUAAAAAUAUAUAUAUUUCAUCACGUCAUGAAAUACCUGGUGCUGAUUAUAAUGGAAAAUACCAAGUUACUGGAGGUAAAAUGAGAAGAUUAAGAGAUGAAGGACGUUUAACUCGGACGUUGGGAACAAAACUUGAUGAGAUAGUUGCUCAUAUCAAUAAUUAUUUAAAAGCAAAGAAAAGACGUCUACCAAAGAAAAGAAAAUUUAUUGAAGAAAAAAAUAAUAAUGAGAAUAAUUCUGAAAGUCCUAAAGAAACUGUAAACGAAGUUGUGGAAAACUGUGAUGUGAUGAACUGUGAUGGUGAAAGUUGUGAUGAUAUUAACAAUAAUAGUAUUAAUCACACAACUGUUACUACUGAAGAAGAAAUCGAAGAGGAAAUUCUUAAUAUA